GGCUGUCUAGUAUUUACAAAACUCGCUUUAUUGUGGACAGAGCAGACGUCGCACAUUGGCGCUAAUUAUAAAUGGAAAUAACAUCUUAAAUAUUCAGCGGAUUUUGCAGUACUGCUAGUGGCGUGAAAACAACUGAUUGUGUAACUGAUAAAAGUGCAGUGGAACACAUUAAUAUGAUUAUUGUGUUUAUUUAUGUUCAUAUUUCUCGUUCGUGGUGUUUAUGGGACAACAUGAAGGAUUUUUCUAAACACUAAUAUUUGAAUCAUUAAAAUCGAGCAAAAACGUAAGAUACCUGAAAAUGUCGACAAAACCACUAAAAACAUUCCUGGGAUGUGCCAGCGUCCGGACAGGGACCUUAGUUGCAGGGUUUGGAGGAAUCGUGUUAGCAAUCAUCGGAAUUAUUGUAAUUUUCACCACACAUGUAGAAUUUAAAACCAUAGUAUUAGACUGGCUGGACGAAGAUAUAGUUAGGAUUAUCAUUACCAUAAAUUUCUGUAUGGCUAUCUUUAUUUCAAUACUUUUAAUCGUGGGAGCAUGUAUGAGAAAAGCAUUUUUAAUGUUACCUUGGGUUGUUCUCGCCAUAAUGUUAGCAGUGGGAUUGUUAGUCUCAGUGCUGUACACCGCUAUUCAGUUUUAUAUUAAUGAGAAAGUCAUAGAAGGAACUGUUUGGAUUGUAUUUGGAAUAAUCUCAGUCAUAAUCUAUAUUUAUAUGUGGCUUGUGACGUACAGUUACUUUAACUUUAUUUGGGAAGAAACGAAGCGAGGAGCAUACAUGAAGGAUCCCUUCAGAAGACACUAUUAAUUAGCAUAUCUGUGUUUAGUACAACCAAAGACGAAGCCAUACACAAAUACUUUCUUGUGUUUUAUUAUUAAUACCACUUGAGUAGUGUUUAAAACUCGGAUCUGAUUUUUAUCUACUAUAAUGUCAGGAAUUUAUACAUUUUUGUAUAUAUUUUUGUUGAUAUUACCCCUAAGACGUUAAUUUUUAUAACUUAGUUUUAGUAUUUAUUUAUUAUUGCACUGUUGAAACAUUGCUAAUCCUAUUUAAUAUAUU